AUGAAGAAAGAUGGCGUGGACAACCCGGCUUUCGAGCUGCACAGUCCGGACAGCUUGGGCCCGCGCGGGGUGCCUCCUGCCAGCCCGCCGGCUUCGUCUGUCGACGCCUCACCCAGCGUUGAGGUUGGCGAAGAGCUCUGUGGGAUCUGCGGAUUCGCGCCGCCUCCGCUGCAGAUCUGCAACAGCGCCAAAGGGUACCUGGCUUUCUACAGCCUGCUUUCCAUUUUACAAGGCAUUAUUGUAAAUGGAUUAAUAAAUGUAAGCAUUUCCACUAUUGAGAAGCGUUAUGAUUUGAACAGCUCUUUCACUGGCGUAAUCUCUGCUGGCUAUGACAUUUCAUUCUGUGUAUUAUGCCUUUUUAUAUCAUUCUAUGGUGAGAAAGGGCACAAACCACGAUGGCUGGCCUUUGCAUCUUUGAUGAUCGCAUUAGGAGCACUUGUGUUUUCUUUGCCACAUUUUACUGUUGGAGCAUAUACAUAUGGAGAAAAAUUGGAAGACACCUGUCCUGCAUCUAAUCCCGAAGCUUACAAUGUCACAUGCACUUCUGACUCCAAGUCUAGCAUCUCCAACUACUUCUAUGUCUUCAUACUGGCACAGCUGCUGUUGGGAGCAGGUGGGACUCCACUGUACACACUGGGAACAGCUUUCAUUGAUGACAGUGUGCCCAAACACAAAGCGUCCGCCUACAUAGGAAUUGGUUAUGCCAUGUCACUGUUGGGCCCAGCAAUUGGCUAUGUAUUAGGAGGACAGCUGCUUAAUGUCUAUGUUGAUUUCGAUCGUCAAGUAAGUGUAGACCUCACUCCAGAAGAUGCACGUUGGGUUGGCGCUUGGUGGAUAGCCUUUGUUGUAUGUGGUUUCGCUACAAGCCUUUUGGUGGCACCAUUUUCAUUUUUCCCAAGGCAAUUGCCAGGUACACACAAAAUACAAGCUGAAAAGGUUUCUGAAACACAUCAUAAUGGAACAGUAGUGAAUGCUGAAUAUGCUGGAAGAAGUAUGAAAGACUUUCUCCUGGCUCUUUGGGUGCUGCUGAGGAAUCCUGUGUUGAUGUGUCUUGUCAUAGCUGCUGCAUUAGAAGCAUUAGUUGCCACUGGUUUUGCAACUUUCUUACCCAAAUUUAUAGAAAAUCAGUUCGGAUAUACAUCUAGUUAUUCAGCAACAUUGGGGGGACUUGUAUUAGUUCCCGGGGCAGCAAUAGGCCAAAUCAUCAGUGGCACCUUGGUUUCCAAGCUCCAGCUGAAUUGCAAAAAUAUAAUCAGAUUCAUUAUCAUUACCUGCUCAAUUGCACUUGUUUUAAAUAUGGUGUUUGCCAUUGCCAAAUGUGGGAAUGAACCAUUUGCUGGUGUCUCAGAAACAUAUAAUGGGACAGGCACGUUAUCAAACUUAACUGCACCCUGCAAUGCCCACUGUAGAUGCAUGCGUUCAGAGUUUUUACCAGUCUGUGGUGCAGAUGAAGUUCAGUAUUUUUCUCCAUGUUAUGCAGGAUGUACUUCUGUGUUUGUUCAUAAGCAUUCAAAGGUCUACAGCCAGUGUUCCUGUGUUGGGGAUCCCAAAAUAGUAAUUGAAAAUACCACCGCUGGAGCCAUUCCUGGGAAGUGUAAAUCCAAGUGUACAGUCCUGCCUUGGUUCCUUAGCUUCUUCUUCUUAACAGUUGUUUUUACAUUUAUGGCUGUUACACCAACAACUGUGGCCAUUCUCAGGUGUGUUCCAAAAGGGCACCGAUCGUUUGCGAUGGGCGUUCAUAUGCUGUUUCUGCGACUUUUAGGCAGCAUACCUGGACCAAUCCUAUUUGGUGUUUCAAUAGAUCAUACCUGUACUCUGUGGUCCAUAGAUAAAUGUGGAAUUCAAGGAGCAUGUUGGACCUAUGACAACAAAAAAAUGGCCUUUACGCUAAUGGGUAUAAGCGCAUGUUCCAAAGCAGUUUCCAUAAUAUUUUUUAUUGUAGCAUUUAUCUUAUACAAGCCUCCUCCAGGCCUGACUCCAUCACCAAGGCAGAAGGAUGAAACAGAGAUUUCUGUACACCUUUAA